AUGGGAAUCCUGUUGCCCAGGAAAGGGACACAUGGGCUGGAAGUCAUCGAAUCGUCUCAUCUGACAUAUUUUCCCAUAACCCUGUGGGAUAUCCGGGUUAUCGCGGUCCUCUGGGCACUGUUCUUCGUGACCGGAAUCUUCGUCGUCCUCCGCCUCUUCUCCCGAGUCAAGAUCCUCCAGUUCUAUGCCGUCGAAGACUACCUCUACAACGUCGCCUUCACCCUUCUUCUCGCAUACAAUGGCCUCAUCACGUUUUACUCCUAUCACGGCCUCGGCAGCCAAUUGCCGGAAUACCUGACCACGAGCGACGUUACUCUCAUUGUUGCCUUUGAGAAUGUUCUUUUCGAUCUCGCCAGUAUAGGCCUCGUCGUUGCGAAGAGUUCCCUCGUCGUCUUCCUGCUGCGUCUUGCUCCCCAACAUCAGUCCCAGCUGAAGUGGAACAUCCUCAUCAUCCUCCCCAUUGUGCUCCUGGGCAUUGUGACUUUUGGGGCCAUCAUGGCAAUGUGGGCGAGAUGCUUCACCGCACUGGCUGGGACGACUCUAUUGUGCUCCAGCGUCGUUCCCGCGAUGCACUGGAUGCAGGUGGCGGCGGGGUUCAGUGUUGCGAUCGAUCUGUGGUACGCCGCGAUGCCAUGGUAUCUCCUCAGGCGCCUUACGAGGCCGAGGAAGGAAAAGUUCCUGAUCCAAGGGAGCAUGAGUCUUGGUAUUAUCGCUGCGGGCUGUGGCAUCGCAAGAGCGUUGACUAUCUACGCAGCCGUGAACAACCUGCAGGAAAAUUCUGCUGCGGUGCUCUACCUCUGGCACGGUGCGGAAAUGGCAGUGACGAUGAUCUGCAUUGGCGUGCCUGUCAGCAGGCCGGCCUAUGCUAGCAUGAUACAGGCAUGUGGUAUGCGAACCCGCAAGGCAAAGAACAGCAAUUUGUACCCGUCUUAUACCGGCACAUACAGACAGGCUCGAGAUCGUGCAAAUGGCGAGCCGGACACGUGGUCUCAGCGGGAGAUUUUGACCGACACGAACGCCAUGGCCACGAAGGAGUCAUUCACUCUGACUAUGAUAGGCAAACCGGGCAUCACAGUGACGAAGACUGUAGAUGUCACCCAACAGUCUCCUGUUUGA